UAAGCGCCAGGUAUAAUAAAAGGGGUUAACAGUAAAAUUGCUCGUUCUACAGUUCAAAACAAAUCCAGCAUGAUCAGGUUUCCAAUGUUCAUAAAACAUAGCACAACAACACGUGAACAUGAUCAUCUGUGGUACUGGGACUCUGUGGGUUUAGCUAACAUAAAUAUUUUUAGCACUCUGUGAAAAUCUAAUGUCUAUUGUGUCAAGAUUGUGUCAAACUCUGCUUUGAAAUACAAACAGCGACUUAUUUGUAUUAAUUUUAAUUUUUAUGUAGAGCUUGCAAGCCUUAGUAACUUGUAAAUUUCAAAGAAUUACAGAAAUAUGGCCGCAGUAUUAAAAAAGCGGGCACUUGCAGAGUACAACAAGUCAUUUCAGGAUGGCCCUCCUACAAAAAAGUUGCAUUUAGUGAAGAAACCUCUUAUUGGUAGUUCGGCGGCUGCUUUUGUAGGCCUUCUGGAGAAAUGUAAGUCCAGUGAUGAAGCCUUGCAACUGUUGCUUCGUAUUUCGGAUUGUCUACAAUUCCAAGAGUCAGAUGUAGAAGAGGCUAUUAAGAAACUCUCUGAGCAUUUCCAAUCAGAAGAAGAAUCAGUGGUGAGGGUUAAGAUAUUGUGGCUGUUCUGUGACAUUGGACUGGAAUGUCCAGGGGCAAAUCUUAGUAAUCUGAUAGACGAGACAACACAUUUGAUAAAAAAUGAGACUUCCCACAAGGUUAUUGCUCAAGGCAUAGCAACAUUGCUGAAACUUGGUAACAAGCUAAGUGAGGACAAAAUUCUAAUGAUGCGGCUUGUGGGGGUAGCCAAAGACAAUCUGAAAGACACUAGCCACCAGGUGAAGUGCCGGUGCCUGCAGCUCAUCAGUGAACUGUACCCCAUAUACCCUGAAUCUGAGAGGACUACGGAGAUGACUACAGAAGCUGAUGCCAUUGUGAAACUUUUAGGAGACUAUUCACAUGCUGAGGAUGCUAGGGUGCGCUGUGAAGCAUUCCAGUCUCUGCUCACCCUCCAUGAGAGAGGGCAAACAUUAAGUGCCAACCUCUAUGACCUGGUGUGCCUGGCAUUGUCUGAUGACUAUGAGAUUGUGAGAGAAGCUGCACUUAAACUGGUGUGGGUGUUGGGGAACAAAUACCCUGAGAACACCAUAACUCUGUGUGAUGGUGAGACAACAAUGCGCCUUGUGGACGACGCCUUUGUGCGCAUAUGCUCAGCUGUGAAUGACCUGUGCAUGCAGGUGCGGGCACUCGCCUGCACGCUGCUGGGCACCACCAGGGGAGUGUCCGACCGGUUUCUACUGCAGACGCUCGACAAACAGCUCAUGAGCAAUAUGAAGAAGAAGCGCACAGCCCACGAGCGCGGCGCGGAGCUGGUCCGCAGCGGCGCGUGGGCGUCGGGGCGGCGCUGGGCGGACGACGCGCCCGGCCAGCUGCUGCACAGCGCCACCGUGCAGCUGCUGCCCGGCGGGGCCGCCGGCGCCUUCGUGCACGGGCUCGAGGACGAGCUCAUGGAGGUCCGUACGGCCGCCGUGGACGCGGUAUGCCAGCUGUCCAUGGAGAACUCUGUAUUCGCGACUACGUCACUGGACUUCCUGGUGGACAUGUUCAACGACGAGAUCGAGGACGUGCGCCUGCGCGCCAUCGACAGUCUUACGCGCAUCGCACAUCAUAUUGUGCUGAGGGAAGAUCAGUUGGAAACCAUUCUGGGAGCUUUAGAGGAUUACUCCAUGGACGUGAGGGAGGGUCUGCACAGAAUGCUCGGCUCGUGCACGGUCGCCUCGAAGACUUGCCUGGAGAUGUGCAUCGACAAGAUACUGGAAAACCUCAAGAGAUACCCACAAGACAAACGCUCGACGUUCCGCUGCGUGCAGCGUCUGGGCAGCUCACACGCGUCGCUGGUGUUGCCGCUGACCACGCGCUUGCUCGCCGUACAUCCGUUCUUCGACAUGCCGGAGCCCGACGUCGAGGAUCCAGCUUACAUGUGCGUGUUGAUCCUGGUCCUGAACGCAGCGCAGCACUGCACGACCAUGCUGCCGCUGUUCGAGGAGCACACCGUCAAGCACUACACCUACCUCAGGGACACCAUGCCGCAUCUAGUGCCCUUGCUGCCUAUAGGUGACGCCCAACACUCGAGCGCUGAGAAGAUAGAGUCAGCCAUGGACGACAGCGCGGUGCGACGCUUCUUCGAUUCAGUAUUACAACACAUAGACAACACUUCACUGUCCAAUAACGUGCGCCUCAAGAUGUUGCAGUCGGCUGAGGAACAGCUCAACAAACUGGCGGAGAUGGAGCCGGCGGCGUCAGGCGCGGCGCAGUUCACGGCGGUGUUCCUGCGCUGCGUGCUGGCGCUGCACGCCGCGCUGCGGGACUCCGCCGGCCUGCCCGCGCACGCGCUCGCCAACCUCACCACCGACUGUCUCAGGUUGCAGCACCAGUUCAGCGGCGUGUCGGAGCAGGAGAGCGCGUGCGUGUGGCAGCUGGCGCUGCGCGUGAGUGCGGCGCGCGUGUGCGCGGCGGCGCGGGGGGCGCGCGCGGCGGCGGCGGGGCCCGCGCAGGGGGGCGCCGCGCCCGCCGGCCUGGUGCUGGGCGGGCCCGCGCCCGCCGCCGCCGCGCACGCGCUCGCCGCCGCCGCCGCGCUCACGCACCACGCCGAGCUGCUCGACCGUCUGCUCGCCACUGCCGGCGUGGAGCCGGACCCGUUCACGAUCGCGGUGUUCCGCCAGCUGUCGAUGAACGCGGACAACAAGCCGGCCGCGCUGGCUCGCGCCAUGCUCCCGCUGCUGCAGUCCGCGCCACUGCCUGUUAUACCCAGACCUAAUAUCAAGAUUCGCAUGUGCACGGCGACGAUCGUGGAGCCGGCGGCGGACAACGACACAGUGGUGCGGUUCAGUGCGGGGCUGGUGGCGGGCGUGGCGCUGGAGGCCGAGGUGCUGCGCGUGCGCGAGCCGCGCGCCCUGCGCGUGCGCGUGCACUACCCCGACACGCGCGUGCACGCGCUCGCGCCGCACAAGGACCAUCUGCGACCGCUCGACCAUCAUAACACUAAUGACGACGGCACACAGAACGUGCGCUUGCUAACGAAGGUGUUGAUAUCUCACGGCGUGUGGACGGAGCCGUGUGGCGUGGACAUCUCUGUGUGCCUGGCCGUGGAGGAGGGCGGCCGCGAGCCCGCGCAGCUCGUCGAGUUGUGUAAGCCGGUGCGCGUCACUGUCGCGCCCAAACCCAUCAAACGAGGGAUCUAGACUUCUUCACCAAAUACUUUAUCACCACCCUUUGAGUAUAAAUAACUUGAAUUAAAGAUGUUACCGACUUGCGAUAUGGGCGGUACACAACCAGUUUUAUGUUUAUAUAGAGCCUCUAACCUGAUCGGUGUCUAUGCAAUAUUUAAAAUCUUGAACUUAAGCUUUCCAAGGGUUCCUGUACAUUUAAUAUACACAUCCUAUAAAUUAUGUAGAUUCUAGAGUACAAUUUAUUAUUUCUCUGUUGUACUACUUUAACGAAUUUGAUUUCUUUAUCAUCAUAGGAGUAUGAAGCAUCAUGUAGUAGGGGAUGAAAUAGGUUUAUUGGCUAGAUCUCAAAACUUUUAACCAGUCUUAAGGCCAAAUAUUGUCAGUUUGGCUCAUCUUAUCUAAGAAUUUUCGUAAAUGAAUAAGAAACACACUUGUGCAGGCGCUAGUAUUAAAGAUUAAAUAUAUUUUAAAGUUAAGCAUAAAUAAAGAAUAUUGCAAA